AAUGACAGUGAAGUGACAUAUAGCGAUAACGGCGCCACCAACCGAUGAAUCAUCAACUAUAAAGAACGAAUCGUUUUUAUUUGUUUUCAACAUUUUAACUAAUUAUUAAUUAAAAUAAUCCUUAAAGCGCUAAAGAGUUUCCAAUUUUACCAUAAUAUAAGAGUUAAGUGUUAAAUUAAAGUGUAAUUGUACAAGAAAACCAUACCGAUAACACAAAUACACCCACGUAAUUAAAUGCGAAAAAAACGAUAAGAUGUCUUUCCAAGUUAGAGUACUAUAUGAUUUUUCCGGAGAACCCAAUACUUCCGAAUUAUCCAUAAUCGCUGGUGAAAUACUUACAGUCACAAGAUUAGAUGUCGGAGAAGGAUGGUGGGAAGGUUUAAACAAUAUUGGAAAAUCGGGGUUAUUUCCUGAAAGCUACGUUGAAAAGAUCGAUAAUAUUCCGCCUCCCCCAGCUUGUGCUUUACCACCACCACCUGUAGAAACAGAAUUCGAACCUAACCAAAAUCAACGUUAUAGCACUGUGGAUUCAGAUUCCGAUUGGGAUAACGAUACACCAUCACAACACGGAAAUGAAAACAUUUAUUCGAACAUCGAAGAUAGGAGACAACAUAAUGAUGAUAAUAUUUCAGAAGCCAAUUUUGAUUCUAAAGGAACUGUUACGAAGAAAAGUUUGAAUCGGUUUUCAUCGUUUGUUAAAAAUGGGGGGGAAUCGUACAUUUUAGGAGAAAUAAAAACUACAAUACCAACUCCUCAAAAAAUUCAAAUAACCCGUGUUGAUGAGACUACAUACGAUUGGCCCCCAUUAAAGCAUCCUUACUACGUAAAUAUUGCAUCUCCUAAAAAAGAAACGAAAUUAAAAGGUUUAAAAUCAUACACAGCUUAUCAAUUAACACCGUCUUUUAAUAAUAUAAAAGUAUCAAGACGUUAUAAACAUUUUGAUUGGUUACAUGGAAGAUUGGCUGAAAAAUAUAGUAUAAUAGCAGUGCCACCUUUGCCAUUAAAACAAAUUUCAGGUCUUUAUGAAGGACAGUUUAUUGAACAUCGAAGAUUACAACUUCAAGAAUUUAUUAAUUACGUGUGUAAACAUCCUAUUUUAUCGAGUAGCGAUGUUUGGCAACAUUUUUUAACUACAACCGACGAAAAGCAUUGGAAACAAGGUAAAAGACAAGCUGAAAGGGAUAAUUUACUUGGUGCAAAUUUUUGUUUAAUGAUUAACGCACCGGAUAAAGAGUUAAUGCCAUCGAUUGUCGAGCCGAAAAUGGACGCAUCACUAACGUUUAUACAAAAUUUAGAUGUUGCUAUUAAAACGUUGAUGGGUACCACUUCGGAUCAAGCAAAAAAGAAUCAAAGUUUAUAUAAAAAAGAAUUUGUGCGCAUUGGUGAAAGUUUUAAAAAAUUAGGGUUUACACUUAGCUCUGAGGAUAAAACGACCACUUCACAUCUUUCUAUUACGAUUUUAAAUAUUGGUGAUGCUUACAAUGAUAUAGCAAAUUAUUACGAUGAACAAGCAAAAUUAGAUUGGGAACCAUUAUAUAAUAAAUUGUAUUUAUAUAAAGGGAUAACUAGCGCUUUUCCUGAAAUAAUGGCUUUACAUAAAGGGGCUCAACAAAAAAAGAAAGAUUGUGAAAAAAACAUGGUAGCUUCCGAAUUGAUUGAUAUACGUCGAAGAAGCGAUAUUUUAACGUAUUCAAUUUUUGCCGAAUUGAAUCACUUUAAACAACAAAAAGAUCGAGAUUUUCAAGAAGCGAUGGAAGGGUUUUUAAAGGAACAAAUUGAAUUUUAUAAAAAAAUCGUUAAUCGAUUGGAAACUUCUUUGAGAAAAUUACAAGAAAAUUAAUUAAUCUAAUGAUAUAUAACAAGCCAAAAAAAAAAUGAGAUUAAGUGGAAUUAAGGUAUAAAUGUUGCAUUUUGUAUAAAUUAAUUUGCCAGUAAUUUUACGCGAAAUUGUCUUAUUUUUGUUAUCUUUAUUACUAUUUUUUUUUCUUUAUACAAAUUGUUAUUAUUAUGGUUUAUUAUUAUAUUAAUUGAGUGUCUAUAUGUCUAGAUGCACUAAAUUAGGAGAAAAUAAUUAGAAUUGUGUAUAUUUAUAUGUAUAUUUUUACAAAAUACAGUAUUUAUGGAGAA